AUGGCUCGGCUCUGGACUCAGACACUCUCGGCUGGCUGGGAGUUCCGGCGGGACUCGGACGAAACUUGGCUGUCUGCCACCGAGGUUCCGGGCGAUGUCCACACCGAGCUCAUGCGCCACGGCAUCAUCCCGGACCCGUUUGUCGACCUCAACGAGCUCGAGGUGGCGUGGGUCGCGGAGCAGACGUGGCGCUAUCGGACGACCUUCUCCACACCCGAACAAGCCGUGGCUGCCGAUGACGAGGGGGAAAAUGCCGCCGUGGCGGUGGACCUCGUCUUUGAAGGCCUCGACACGUUCGCGGCCGUGACCCUCAACGGGCGCACGGUGCUGGAGUCUGACAACAUGUUUGUCGAACACCGCGUCCGCGUCGGGGCAUUCUCCACUGAUGGCUACAAGAACACACUCGAGAUCGUCUUUGAGCCCGCCCGGCGCCGCGGCCUCGACUUGGCCAAGGCACAUCCCGAGCAUGACUUCAUCGUGCACCAGACCGAGAUCAGCCGGGGACCUGUGCGCAAGGCCCAGUGCCAUUUCGGGUGGGACUGGGGCCCCAUUCUCCUAGGCUGCGGGCCGUGGAAGCCCGUCCGUCUCGAGACGUAUGUCAGCCGCGUUCAGGACGUCAGGGUCGACUACACUGUCGUCAACCUGGGCGGCCAGACCGAGGGAGCGCGCGCGGAGAUGAAGAUCCACGCUCAGGUUCUUGGCCCAGGCGCCGCCGUCGAGGCCGAGCUGUGCUUUCAGGGGCAGCGGGUGUUUUGCUUUAGAGAGACCAGCAUGCUAAACGACAGUGGCCUGGACACGGCGUGGACAUACACAUCAGCCACGGUCAAAGUCGAGGCGCCGCAGCUCUGGUGGCCGCGAGGCUACGGGGCACAAAACCUGUACGAGCUGCGUGUGCGCAGCAUCGCGCGCGACGGAGCGACGGUCCUAGCGGAGGAGCGCCAGACGGUCGGGUUCCGCACGGUGGAGCUGGUGCGGGAGGCCGACGGGUUCGGGCAGUCGUUUUACUUCCGCGUCAACGGCGUCGACGUGUUCUCGGGGGGGUCGUGCUGGAUCCCUGCCGACAGUUUCAUCUCGCGCACGUCGCCGCAGCGCUACCGGGACUGGAUCCGGCUUGUGGCCGACGGCAACCAGGUCAUGGUGCGCGUUUGGGGCGGCGGCGUGUACGAGAGCGGCGCCUUUUACGCGGCGUGCGACGAGCUGGGCGUGCUCGUGUGGCAGGACUUCAUGUUCGCGUGCGCGUCGUACCCGACGUACCUGGCCUUUUUGCGCUCCGUCGAGACCGAGGCCAGCCAGAACGUGCGCCGCCUGCGCCAGCACCCGUCGCUGGUUCUCUGGUGCGGCAACAACGAGGACUACCAGCUGGUCGAGCGGUACGGGCUCGAGUACGACUUCGACGCCGACAAGGACCCGCAGUCGUGGCUCAAGUCGACGUUCCCAGCGCGCUAUAUCUACGAGCACCUGCUGCCGCAGGUCGUGCGCGACGAGUCUCCCGACGCGAUUUACCACCCGGGCAGCCCCUGGGGUGACGGCCGCAGCACCACGCUCAAGGUCGACGCUACCGUCGGCGACAUCCACCAGUGGAACGUGUGGCACGGCGAGAUGCGGCCGUACCAGGCGCUGCCCGACAUGGGCGGGCGCUUCGUCAGCGAGUUCGGCAUGGAGGCAUACCCGCACGUCGACACCAUCGAGCGCUUCGUGACGGACGCGGCCGAGCGGCACCCCGGCAGCGCCACGCUCGACUUCCACAACAAGGCCGUGGGUCACGAGCGGCGCCUGCUGGCGUACCUGACGGAGAACUUCCGAGCAGUCCGCGGCGGCGACGACCUGGCGUCGUUUGUCCACCUGACGCAGACGAUGCAGGCCGACGCCAUGGCGUGGGCUUACAAGUCGUGGCGCCGGCAUUGGGGCUCGGCGGGCGCGCGGCGCUGCGGCGGCGUGCUGGUGUGGCAGCUCAACGACUGCUGGCCGACCGUGUCGUGGGCCAUCGUCGACUACUUCCUUGUCAAAAAACCCGCUUACUACGCCGUCAAGCGGGCCCUCGCGCCGCUGGGGGUCGCCGUGUCGCGUAAGUUCUACGACUGCACCACGCGACCGGCCGACGCCCUGUGGCGCAGAGACACGGGGCACGUGAACCCAACCAAGGCGCUGACCGACAUUGAGUUUGACGUGUGGGUUGCGAGUUCGCGGCUCCCGCUGGUCUGCGGCAAGGUGGUGGUGCGGUUCGUGUCCAUCAAGAGCGGGAAGAAUGUUAGAGAGCCGCUGGUGAAGACACUGGACGUGAGACCGAACAGCUGCACCGAAGUUGUAGUCGGCUACCGGUUCGAGACGGAAGACGGGACUGCGAAUCGCGAGCACUUUGUCAUACACGCGUCUCUCUGGGUGGAGGGCGAGAUUGUUGGCAGCGACACGUCGUGGCCAGACCCCAUCAAGUACCUCGACUUUGCCGACCGCGGGGUCCAGGUCAAGGCCGCGGGCCCGAAGGCAGUCGAGGUAUCGGCCGACAAGCCCGUCAAGAGCUUCGUGUUUUCCGAGAGGCAAGGCGUCACGGUCAGCGACAACGGCUUCGAUCUCGUGCCGGGGGAUAGGCCCGUUCGAGUAGAGAUCGAAGGCAUCGAGCCAGACAAGCUGCCCUGGACGUUUGUCGGCCGAUAA